ACGUGCCCAUUUCUGAGGCUAUACCAUAGACAUAGUAACCAAGUUUUGUUAAAUGCAUAUAACCACAUUUGUGCAAGCCAUCAGUGACAACAUUCAUGGCCUCGUUUUCUCCUCCGAUUCAUUUCUCAACCGCACUUUCACCAUCCUACUCCAAAACCUGUUUCACUCCCAGACCCAACAAUGCUUUGCUUCUCCUCUCUCCCUUGAAGGUUUCACUUCACAAUGAGGUUGAAACCUCUGAUUCAGCUUUUGAGGACCCAAGAUGGGUAGGAGGCACCUGGGACUUGAAACAAUUUCAGAAAACUAAUGGCAACACUGACUGGGAUGCUGUUAUUGAUGCUGAGGUUAAGAGAAGAAAAUGGCUUUGGGGCAAUCCGGAAGCAUCUACUAAUGAUAGCCCUGUAGUUUUUAACACCGCCAUCAUACCUUGGUGGGCAUGGAUAAAAAGGUUCCAUCUUCCUGAAGCUGAACUACUUAAUGGUCGUGCUGCAAUGAUAGGAUUCUUUAUGUCCUAUGUGGUUGAUAGCUUGACUGGAGUAGGUGUAGUUGACCAAAUGAGCAACUUGUUUUGCAAAACUCUUCUGUUCGCAGCAGUGGCUGGGAUACUUGUGGUCCGAAAGAAUGAGGACAUUGAAACUCUUAAGAAAUUGUGGAAAGAGAUUACAUUUUAUGAUGAGCAAUGGCAAGCAACUUGGCAAGAUGAAAACUCAAGUACUCCAUGAACAUAUUAGAGGAUUUUCUCAUUUAAGAGUUAACCUUUUCUCUUAUCUCUCUCACAUGUCUCUCAUCCUAGUACACAAAGAAUGAUCCAGAAAUUUCUGUUGUGUGUGUGUGUGUGCAAUUAAGGAACUUUCUGGAAAGGAGUAUACUAUAAUGUAUCUUGUGCCACUGUUAGCAACUCUUAAGAAACUAUGUCUUAAUGUUAAUUGCAACUAGA